CUUUACUAUUUCGUGAACACAUUUGUGCUCUGUAUGUGAACUCAUUCCUAUUGUGCUUGAUAUCAAAAUGCAAUUUGUUCUUGUGCCAAAUCAAAUUUGAGUGAAAGAAAAGUUUUUUAAGAGAACAAAUAAAAAAAAGUUGGAACUUAGGAAAAAGAAAAAUACAAAACUUUGUGUAGGAUGUCAAUAGUUAUUUACAAAUCACUGAAGCUUCUCAUAUUAUUCAUGAUUUGUGCUUCAUGCUAUGGCAAUAUGGAGAUGAACGGCGAUAAUAAAACAAUAAUUGAUCGUCCUUAUUGCUUUCGUUUUACAUGGCUCGGACCCAAAUAUAACGAAGAGAGCAAGUUCAGAAAUGCGACAUGUAGUGAUGUCAUUAGGGGAGAUAAAAAUGUUCCAUGCACGCAUCCUUUAGUUGUUACAAAUAACAGCAAUAUACCAGACACUGAAUAUUUGUGGAGAGAAUAUCAAGACAAACCCACACAAGUUGCAUGUCGAUUGGUUCGAGGCGAGGUUUGUGCCAAAGUCUCAUACACAUUCAAUGGAGCGAUUGAGAACAUCACGUAUUUAUGUACGAAAGUAAAUAUAGAAAAUGAGACAGCGGUGAGCAGUGGAUGUUAUAAGCAAAUGAAAAAUGGACAUGAGAUGGAAUUAUGUGUAUGUGAAACAGCAGCAGGGGAAUUUCCAUGCAACGAUGCAUACAUCAACUCGUACCUAAAAUUUAAUUUACUCAUUCUCAUUAUUUUAAUGGCCACAUUCCUUAUUAAUCCUCUUAAGUAUGUGUGAUGUUUAUGUGGAGAUAAAAUUAUUCAUCACUUCAUCAUUUUGGACUGUUAAUUUAAACUUUUUUUAAGCCAAUAGCUUUAAAAUUUCUAAGCGCAUUUAAAUAUUUUCACAAAAGCAUAAUGUAC